AUGUGGUUCUCAAAAUUUGAGCACCUGAACCAUGCGUGGUACGCCCAUUAUAGUGCUUCCAUUUCGUUCCAUGUGGUUCUCAAAAUUGAGCGCCUGAACCCUGCCGCAUUCUCCCUCCUUCCAUCACCCCGCCCCAUUCUCCCUCUUUCCAUCACCCCGCCCCAUUCUCCCUCUUUCCAUCACCCCGCCCCAUUCUUCCUCUUUCCAUCACCCCGCACCAUUCUCCCGCUUUCCAUCACCCUGCCCCAUUCUCCCGCUUUCCAUAACCCGCCCCAUUCUCCCACUUCCUAUCACCCCGCCCCAUUCUCCCGCUUUCCAUCACCCCGCCCCAUUCUCCCUCUUCCCAUCACCCUGCUCCAUUCUCCCGCUUUCCAUCACCCCAUCUUAACCUCCCUCCUUCCAUCACCCUGCCCCAUUCUCCCUCUUUCCAUCACCCCGCCCCAUUCUCCCGCUUCCCAUCACCCCGCCCCGUUCUCCCGCUUUCCAUCACCCCGCCCCGUUCUCCCGCUCUCCAUCACCCCGCCCCAUUCUCCCUCUUUCCAUCACCCCGCCCCAUUCUCCCGCUUUCCAUCACCCCGCCCCAUUCUCCCGCUUUCCAUCACCCCGCCCCAUUCUCCCGCUUUCCAUCACCCCGCCCCAUUCUCCCUCUUUCCAUCACCCCGCCCCUCUCAUGCCUUCCCCCUCUCAUGCCUUCCCCCUCUCAUGCCUUCCCCCUCUCAUGUCUUCCCUCUCUCAUGCCUUCCCCCUCUCAUGCCUUCCCCCCUCUCAUGCCUUCCCCCUCUUCCCCCUCUCAUGCCUUCCCCCUCUCAUGCCUUCCCCCUCUCAUGCCUUCCCCCUCUCAUGCCUUCCCCCUCUCAUGCCUUCCCCCUCUCAUGCCUUCCCCCUCUCAUGCCUUCCCCCUCUCAUGCCUUCCCCCUCUCAUGCCUUCCCCCUCUCAUGCCUUCCCCCUCUCAUGCCUUCCCCCUCUCAUGCCUUCCCCCUCUCAUGCCUUCCCCCUCUCAUGCCUUCCCCCUCUCAUGCCUUCCCCCUCUCAUGCCUUCCCCCUCUCAUGCCUUCCCCCUCUCAUGCCUUCCCCUCUCAUGCCUUCCCCCUCUCAUGCCUUCCCCCUCUCAUGCCUUCCCCCUCUCAUGCCUUCCCCCUCUCAUGCCUUCCCCCUCUCAUGCCUUCCCCCUCUCAUGCCUUCCCCCUCUCAUGCCUUCCCCCUCUCAUGCCUUCCCCCUCUCAUGCCUUCCCCCUCUCAUGCCUUCCCCCUCUCAUGCCUUCCCCCUCUCAUGCCUUCCCCCUCUCAUGCCUUCCCCCUCUCAUGCCUUCCCCCUCUCAUGCCUUCCCCCUCUCAUGCCUUCCCCCUCUCAUGCCUUCCCCCUCUCAUGCCUUCCCCCUCUCAUGCCUUCCUCCUCUCAUGCCUUCCCCCUCUCAUGCCUUCCCCCUCUCAUGCCUUCCCCCUCUCAUGCCUUCCCCCUCUCAUGCCUUCCCCCUCUCAUGCCUUCCCCCCUCUCAUGCCUUCCCCCUCUCAUGCCUUCCCCCUCUCAUGCCUUCCCCCUCUCAUGCCUUUGUUGA